AGUAGCUGACUGAGUGUCAUUCUGCUGCCAGAAACGUAGAAGCAGGGAACGAGAACGAUAACUCGUGGAAUAAGACAGCGUGUGGCAAAUAACAACAGAAAAGGUCGCGGACGUAUCGAAUUGUACGAUGAGCAGCAGAGCGGGGUAAACAGGAGCAGUAUUUGGGACAAGUCGAGUUGCUGAAGCACAGCUAUCGCGUAGGUCUCUUGGAAGUUUGGGAGCACCAAAGUUCGCUGCGGCUUUGGCUAGCGGACCACUUGGGCCACUUCUCGACCUUUUACGCAGACAAAAGAAAAAUGGUGUCCUGGAUCGUUUCAAGAAGCGUCGUUCUCGUGUUUGGGACCCUGUAUCCUGCAUACUACUCCUACAAAGCUGUCAAGACAAAAAAUGUCAAGGAAUAUGUCCGGUGGAUGAUGUACUGGAUUGUUUUUGCCCUCUACACUGUGGUGGAGACCAUCACUGACCUUACACUGGCAUGGUUUCCCUUGUACUACGAACUGAAGGUAGCAUUUGUAAUCUGGCUCCUAUCCCCUUACACCAGAGGAGCAAGUCUCAUUUACAGGAAAUGUCUGCACCCGCUGCUGUCUUCCAGAGAGAGGGAAAUAGACGAGUAUAUUGUGCAGGCCAAGGAAAAAAGUUAUGAGACCAUGGUGAACUUUGGCAAGCAGGGCCUCAGCAUUGCAGCCACAGCUGCUGUCACUGCGGCUGUCAAGGGUCAGGGUGCUAUCACAGAAAAGCUGCGCAGCUUGAGCAUGCAUGAUCUCACACAGAUCAGUCAGCAAGACGAGAGAGGUGAGAACCAGCUGUAUCGGUACAGCUCCCAUGCUGCCAAUCCAUCCGUCAGACGAGCUCAGAGUGCUGAUGUACAUGAUGAAGCAGAAUACUUUUAUGACCAGAACGACAGGAGCGAUGACGAGACCGAGCCAAUGUUUUCUGAAGAUGAGGCUGUUUCGCAGAAAGGACUGCGGCGGUCUCAGAGUGUGAAGCUGAUGCGUUCCAGAGUCCGCAAAGAUGCUCGGUAUGGCUCACUGAAGAUGAAAGGGAAGAAGAGACCAUCGCUGAACUCCAUAAACUAUGGAAUGUGAAGAGACUUCUUCUGACACAAAAAUACACACACACUACUGAGUCGUGAAAGAUAAUCUGUCUGAAAUCUGACUUGAAUAUUUUUAUAUACAAAAUAUAUUUAUAUACACACAUCACUCAAAAUGGCAUCUGAACAUGGGUGACUAGACUUAUAUCUACUCUAUACGCGUGUGUGUGUAUUUUAGAUCCAUCUGUCUGACGAUCUAACGCUUUAUGACGAACCACGAAAAACGUCAUUCCUGCCGAGGUUGCAAAAUUCCUUGAUGUUAAAUUGAUCAAUUUAAAAAAAAAAAAAAAAAAAAAAAAAAAAAAAAAGUUUGAAGUCAUUUGUCAUUGUUGACAAUAAUGGAGACAACAGACAAACCUGUACAGAACAAAAAUGUAAACGCAACACUAACCCUAAGUGCACAUUUUAGAGUGGCCUUUUAUUGCGGACAAAGACAUUUGAUUGUCUUCUCGGCGUCUUGUUCCGCCACACCGAUGAGAUGGACGGAUUAUCUCAGCAUAGAAGUGCUCGCUGACGCAAUUUGUGAGCAAUAUUUGAGAAAGCCCUUUUUGUGUACACGGAAAAAGUCUUAGAUCGUUAAAUUCAGCUUGUGAAAAAUGGGAACAAAAAGUUUUGCAUUCAUAUCGGACACAAUUUACUUGUAAUAGGUCCUUAACAUGUAUUGUGCUUUUAUUCAUUUUUUUUCUUUUUCAAUUUUGGAUUAGAAGGGCUUUUAUAUUAUUCAUAGCUGUUUUUACAUAUGCAUCUCAUCCAAAGCUUUUUUUUUUUUAAGCUGCUGUUUUGUUGCUUGUCAUCUCAAUAUUUACGUAGUGUAGUUGCAGUUGGACACAAAAAUCCCCCAAAAUUGUUUCAUCUUUGAUAAAUCCUUUUAUUGAUGUAGAUUCUCGUGCAACUCUAAUGGCUUUGUAUCAUUUAAAAUGAGCUACAUUGUCACUGGUUCAGCGGACGGAGGUUGAUGACAAUGCUUUUUAUUACGCCUAUUGGAUAGAUUGUUCACGAGUAUUAUCUCAAAUCAUGCAAUAAAUCGGUAUCCAAUUUUUAUUUUCUUGCCAGGUCGAGUACAAUGAACAUGGUUCAUAAUUACUUUUCAGGUAUUUUGGAGAGUAUCCAAAUAUAGUUACAGUUACAGUUUUUGGGCGAAAUGUCGUAAUCUUGUCGUCAUAGUGUCCAUGCAAUGCACAUCAAUGACUAAUUUUAAGCCAAAGCUUUGUGUACUUAGAGUAGUGUGGCUCAGGUUUUGGAUAAUGUUUUUUGUGGGUUACUGGAUUGUAAAUGUAAUAAAAUCAUACCAGUUUUCUCUGGGCGACGACA